AUGGGUGAUACAGAAGUAGAAGUGCGUCUCAAUGAACCCAAAGAUGCAAAUGACGGAAAUUCUGCUGCUCCUGCUAACGCGACUGAAUACAAUUAUGAUGUGAACGUUGAAGCUGAAGAAGAAGGAGUUGCGGGUCCCAUGCCUCUUCAAAUGCUUGAAGGAAAUGGGAUUACGUCUACUGAUAUUAAAAAGAUUCAUGAAGCGGGUUACUAUACUGUGGAAUCCAUUGCUUACACUCCUAAGCGACAAUUGCUUUUGAUUAAGGGAAUUUCAGAAGCCAAGGCCGACAAGCUGUUAGGCGAAGCUAGUAAGCUUGUUCCCAUGGGCUUUACAACAGCAACUGAAUACCAUAUUCGAAGAAGCGAGCUAAUUACCAUCACGAGCGGAUCCAAGCAAUUAGACACCCUCUUACAAGGAGGGGUUGAAACAGGUAGCAUCACUGAAUUGUUCGGUGAAUUCCGUACUGCUGUAACUUGCCAAUUGCCAAUUGAUAUGGGUGGUGGAGAAGGAAAGUGUUUGUAUAUUGAUACAGAGGGCACUUUUCGUCCUGUCCGUCUUUUGGCUGUUGCUGAUCGAUACGGUUUGAAUGGCGAAGAAGUUUUGGACAAUGUCGCUUAUGCUCGUGCUUACAACGCUGAUCAUCAGCUUGAAUUAUUACAACAAGCCGCCAACAUGAUGUCUGAAUCACGGUUUUCACUGCUUGUUAUAGACAGUUGUACUGCUCUAUACCGUACCGACUUCUCUGGUCGUGGUGAGUUGUCUGCUCGUCAAAUGCAUCUUGCUCGCUUCAUGCGCACACUUCAACGAUUAGCAGACGAGUAUGGAAUUGCGGUUGUUAUUACCAAUCAAGUGGUAGCUCAAGUGGACGGCAUUUCCUUCAACCCCGAUCCCAAAAAACCUAUCGGUGGUAAUAUUCUCGCGCAUUCAAGUACGACUCGUCUUUCUUUGCGAAAGGGACGUGGUGAACAAAGAAUUUGCAAAAUUUAUGACAGUCCAUGCCUUCCUGAAAGUGAAGCCAUUUUUGCCAUUAAUUCAGAUGGUGUUGGUGAUCCAAAAGAAAUCCUUGCUCCUAUUUAG